GCCGCUGGCGCUGCCCGUCAGUGGGAGGGGGCGGGACCUGGUCGCCGGUCACGUGAGGCGGGACGAUGCGUCGCCGCGAACGACGGGAGGAGGGAGGCCCCGCUCAGCGCCGGGAGCUCAGGGUUUAGGAGCCGUUGCUGUGGACGGAGAGACGGAGAUGUGAGCGGCCAUUGAGGUGGCCAGGGUGCCGAUAAGCCCCACCCCCCAUCUGCUCCGUGUGUGGGCUGAGCUUCGAGGGGCUGAGCUUCAAUGGAGGACCACAUGACAGGGCACAACAAGGAGAAGCGUUAUGAAUGUGAUGUAUGUGGCAAGGCCCGGCAGUCCCCGAGCCAUCUAGAGAUCCACCGGCGGGUGCACACGGGAGAACGCCCCUUUGACUGCUCCGACUGCGGCAAGACCUUUACCCAAUUGUCGGCGCUGCAGGUGCAUCGGCGGGUGCACACGGGAGAACGCCCCUAUGAAUGCUCCAACUGCGGCAAGAGCUUCAAGACGGCACAGGAAUUGAAGAUACACCAGCGAGUGCACACGGGCGAGAAGCCCUAUGGGUGCUCCACCUGCGGCAAGAGCUUUACCCAGUUGUCGGGGCUGCAGCUGCACCAGCGCGUGCACUCGGGCGAGAAGCCCUAUGGUUGCUUCACCUGCGGCAAGAGCUUUACCAGUGUGUCGGUGCUGCAGGUGCACCAACAGGUGCACACGGGAGAACGCCCCUUUGAAUGCUCUCACUGCGGCAAGCGCUUCAAUACGGCGCAGUAUCUGAAGAUACACCGGCGAGUGCACACGGGCGAGAAGCCCCAUGGCUGCUCCACCUGCGGGAAGAGCUUUGCCCAGUUGGCGGGGCUCCAGGAGCACCGGUGGGUACACAUGGGCGAUAAGCCCCAUGGCUGCUCCACCUGUGGCAAGAGCUUUGCCCGGUUGUGGAGGCUGCGGGAGCACCAGCAGGUGCACAGCAGCGAGCGGCCCUUCUCCUGCUCCGACUGCGGCAAAGGCUUCAAGUCGUGCAAGCACCUGAAGGUGCACAGGCGCAUGCAUACCGGGGAGCGGCCCUACAUCUGCAGUGACUGUGGCAAGGGCUUCACCCAUUCCAGCAACCUGGUGUCCCACCAGCGCACCCACACCGGGGAGCGCCCCUUCAUUUGCACCCAGUGCAGCAAGGGCUUCACACAGUCCAGCAGCCUGCUGUCCCACCAGCGCACCCACACUGGUGAGCGCCCCUUCAUUUGCACCCAGUGCAGCAAGGGCUUCACACAGUCCAGCAGCCUGCUGUCCCACCAGCGCACCCACACUGGUGAGCGCCCCUUCAUUUGCACCCAGUGCAGCAAGGGCUUCACACAGUCCAGCAGCCUGCUGUCCCACCAGCGCACACACACCCGAGGGGGUUGCGGCAGCACCG